UAGGUAGAUUAAGAAAUACACACAAAAAAAAACAGACAAAAUGCAUUUUUGUAUGAUGCUACUAGUGAAGACUGGCAUCUUGAGGGGGGAAGUGAGUGUGCACAAGUCUCCCUCAUUACUUGUUCUGACUCCAGUUUUGAAAGUAAUGCUUGUAAACCAGUAUUUUUCCCAUAGUGCAGUGAGUGCAAUACUUGUUAUAAGAGAAACAUAGACCUUAAUGUCCAGUAAGUUUUUCCCUGCCGUAUAAGUUCUCUUCUGGGGUCACUAAUAUUUAAGUUAAUUGUUCAUAAUGGUGGUUGUGUCUGUUAUCAACAACGGUCUACAUUACUAUAAUGAGUUCCUUUAUGUCCGGCCCUUACUGACCAAGGCUUGUACAAGUGCCUUUACUGGAGCUCUGGGAGAUUUUCUGGGUCAACUUAUAACAAAACAACCCUCUAUCAAUUACUGCAGCAUAGCAAGAUAUGCAGGAUAUGGGUUCGUUGUGACAGGACCACUGGCACAUCACUUUUACAAGAUGCUGGACAAAGUGGUACCAACCACAGCAUGGGGAGCAGCCUUCAAACGCCUCUUGAUAGACAGACUCAUGUUCUCUCCUCUCCUACUCCUACUUUCCCUAUACUUACUCUCCAGACUUGAGGGAAAGAGCCACCGAACAUGUGCAAAAGAGGUUCAGCUCAAAUACUGGGCAGCACUUAAGAUGAACUGGAAAGUGUGGACUCCAGUUCAAUACAUUAACAUCAACUAUGUCCCACAACAGUACCGUUCACUCUUCGCUAAUGUGGUUGCCAUCUUUUGGAUCAUAUACUUAACCAACAAGCGAAGACAAGCUGCUACUUCUGCUAAAAAUUCAUAAGGUUCUGCAAGACCUCAACAAACCUUCAUUCAAAUGUCCUUAAAAUGGAAAUGGUUUAAAGAUAAGUUAUAUGAAAAUUAAUAAGGUAUGUUUAAUAGUCAUUUUAAAAUAGUAAACUUUAUAUAUAAAUAAUAUAUAUGAGAUAACUCCAUGGGGAAGUGGAACAGAAUUCUUCCUCCAUAAGCCAUGCAUGUAUGUCGUAAGAGGCGACUAAAAUGCCGGGAGCAAAGGGCUAGUAACCCCUUCUCCUGUAUAUGUUACUAAAUUUAAAAAGAGAAACUUUUGUUUUAGUUUUUAGGUCACCCUGCCUUGGUGGAAUAUGGCUAGUUUGUUGAAAAAAAUAUAUGAUGUAACUAUAUACAGUGGAACCUUGGUUCUCGUGAUUAAUUCAUUCCAGAAAGUUUGACGAAAACCGAAUUGUACAAAAACUGAAGCAAUAUUUCCUUUAAAAAAUAAUGUAAAUCCAAUUAAUUCGUUCCAGACACCCCAAAAUAUUAACAAAUAUACAUUUUAUGAAGAAUAACUAUAGUUUUACAUACAGAAAACAAUGAAAAAUAAAUAUAAACAACUAAUGAAAUGGAUAAAUGAACAUUUAACAUCAAUUUUACCUUUAUUGAAGACUCUUGUUAGCGUAUGGAAGACGGUGAGGAGGGAAGAGGGAGGAGGAGAGGUUAUUGUUUGGAAAGGGAAUCCCCUCCAUAAGGACUUCAGGUAUCAAGGCCCCUUCUUUGUGUUUUACUGGCACUAGGACUAGCUUGAGAGUCAUUGGACCCCUGUCGCACGAAAACUGUCCGGAGAGAUCUGUUCCUGGCGUCUCUUGAAGAUUUGCCUAUAAUGGGACAAGGCAUUGUCAUUGAACAUGUUGCAGACACGGAUUGCAACACUUUCGUAUUUUGCUACGAGUUCUUUCUUGAAUUCCAUUGUGUUUCUCGCCUUCUUUAUCAAAGGAACUCUCUUUGGCCCCAUGGUGGCUCGUUUAGCAGUUGCACUCAAUAAACAAGCAUAAAAACAAUGGAUUAUUAUGAAAUGUUUUGGAUGAAUGUGAGGGGUAAUGCCCACUCAACGAGAAGCAAAACCAGACUGAGUCGGAAUGAGUGGGAGGAUUUGCAUGGGCACGGGCAGGCGGACAGGUUUGGUAAAGCGGACCAUUGUCAACUCUACAAAAACUGAGCGGAUGUACGAAAACUGGGACAAAUUUUUCGUGAAAAAAGUCGUCGAAAACCGAAUUCUACAAAAACCAGGGCAUACGAAAACAAAGGUUCCACUAUAUUGUAUGCUAGUUUCCUGUAAAUGAAUGUAACUAUCCCUGCUUGUGAAUGUAAGGAUGCUUAACAAUUUAAGUUAAGAAUCAUGGUAGUAAACUUUUUAUGAGUUUAAGUUAAAACUUGGCGAUCUUAAAAAGUUCAAGUAACACUAUUAUGGAAGGUCUACCGGAAGUUCACGUGAGAGCAUGAUAACUUCACUGGUGCGAGCAGUCGACAUCCAGGCAAAAUGUAAUGGUACACAGCAUGUUAUAUGUCUCGUGCAGCAUGGUAUGUGUCAUGCAGCAUGGUAUGUGUCUCAUGCAGCAUGGUAUGUGUCACAUGUAGCAUGGUAUGUGUCUCAUGCAGCAUGGUAUGUGUCUCAUGCAGCAUGGUAUGUGUCUCAUGCAGCAUGGUAUGUGUCUCAUGCAGCAUGGUAUGUGUCACAUGCAGCAUGGUAUGUGUCUCAUGCAGCAUGGUAUGUGUCACAUGCAGCAUGGUAUGUGUCACAUGCAGCAUGGUAUGUGUCACAUGCAGCAGGGUAUGUGUCUCAUGAAGCAUGGUAUGUGUCUCAUGCAGCAUGGUAUGUGUCUCAUGCAGCAUGGUAUGUGUCUCAUGCAGCAUGGUAUGUGUCACAUGCAGCAUGGUAUGUGUCACAUGCAGCAUGGUAUGUGUCACAUGCAGCAUGGUAUGUGUCACAUGCAGCAGGGUAUGUGUCUCAUGAAGCAUGGUAUGUGUCUCAUGCAGCAUGGUAUGUGUCUCAUGCAGCAUGGUAUGUGUCUCAUGCAGCAUGGUAUGUGUCUCAUGCAGCAGGGUAUGUGUCUCAUGCAGCAUGGUAUGUCUCAUGCAGCAUGGAAUGUGUCUCAUGCAGCAUGGUAUGUGUCUCAUGCAGCAUGGUAUGUGUCACUUGCAGCAUGGUAUGUACCGUGCAGCAUGGUAUGUCACAUGCAACAUGAUAUGUGUCUUAUGCAGCAUGGUAUCUCGUGCAGCAUGGUAUGUGUCUCAUGCAGCAUGGUAUGUGUCACUUGCAGCAUGGUAAGUGUCUCGUGCAGCAUGGUGUGUCACAUGCAGCAUGGUAUGUGUCUUAUGCAGCAUGCUAUGUAUCACAUGAAGCAUGGUAUGUGUCUCGUGCAGCAUGGUAUGUGUCUCAUGCAGCAGGGUGUCUCGUGCAGCAUGGUAUGUGUCUCAUGCAGCAUGGUAUGUGUCUCAUGCAGCAUGGCAUGUGUCUCAUACACUAUGGUAUGUGUCUCGUGCAGGAUGAUAUGUGUCACAUGCAGCAUCGUAUGUGUCACAUGCAGCAUGGUAUGUCUAUCAUGCAGCAUGGUAUGUGUCUCAUGCAGUAUGGUAUGUGUCUCGUGCAGGAUGAUAUGUGUUACAUGCAGCAUGGUAUGUGUCACAUGCAGCAUGGUAUGUGUCUCAUGCGGCAUGGUAUGUGUUUCGUGCAGCAUGGUAUGUAUCACAUGCAGCAUGGUAUGUGUCUCGUGCAGCAUGGUAUGUAUCACAUGCAGCAUGGUAUGUGUCUCGUGCAGCAUGGUAUGUGUCUCAUGCAGCAGGGUGUCUCGUGCAGCAUGGUAUGUGUCUCAUGCAGCAUGGUAUGUGUCUCAUGCAGCAUGGCAUGUGUCUCAUACACUAUGGUAUGUGUCUCGUGCAGGAUAUGUGUCACAUGCAGCAUCGUAUGUGUCACAUGCAGCAUGGUAUGUCUAUCAUGCAGCAUGGUAUGUGUCUCAUGCAGUAUGGUAUGUGUCUCGUGCAGGAUGAUAUGUGUUACAUGCAGCAUGGUAUGUGUCACAUGCAGCAUGGUAUGUGUCACAUGCAGCAUGGAAUGUGUCACAUGCGGCAUGGUAUGUGUCGUACAGCAUGGUAUGUGUCUCAUGCAGCAUGGUAUGUGUAACAUGCAGCAUGGUGUCACAUGCAACAUGGUAUGUCUCAUGCGGCAUGGUAUGUCUCAUGCAGCAUGGUAUGUGUCUCAUGCAGCAUGGUAUGUGUCUCGUGCAGCAUGGUAUGUGUCUCGUGUCGUAUGGUAUGUGUCUCGUGCAGCAUGGCAUGUGUCACAUGCAACAUGGUAUGUGUCUCGUGCAGCAUAGUAUGUGCCACAUGCAGCAUGGUAUGUGUCGUGCAGCAUGGUAUGUAUCUCAUGCAGCAUGGUAUGUGUCACAUGCAACAUGGUGUGUCUCAUGCGGCAUGCUCUGUGUCUCAUGCAGCAUGGUAUGUGUCUCAUGCAGCAUGGUAUGUGUCUCGUGCAGCAUAGUAUGUGUCUCGUGCAGCAUGGUAUGUGUCACAUGCAACAUGGUAUGUGUCUCAUGCAGCAUAAUAUGUGUCACAUGCAGCAUGGUAUGUCUCAUGCGGCAUGGUAUGUGUCUCGUGCAGCAUGGUAUGUGUCUCGUGCAGCAUUAUAUGUGUCUCAUGCAGCAGGGUAUGUGCCACAUGCAGCAUGGUAUGUGUCACAUGCAGCAUGGUAUGUGUCACAUGCAGCAUGGUAUGUGUCUCAUGUGGCAUGGUAUGUGUCUCGUGCGGCAUGGUAUGUGCCACAUGCAGCAUGGUAUGUGUCGCAUGCAGCAUGGUAUGUGUCACAUGCAGCAUGGUAUGUGUCUCAUGUGGCAUGGUAUGUGUCUCAUGCAGCAUGGUAUGUGUCACAAGCAGCAUGAUAUGUGUCACAUGCAACAUGGUAUGUCUCAUGCGGCAUGGUAUGUGUCUCAUGCAGCAUGGUAUGUGUCUCAUGCAGCAUGGUAUGUGUCUCGUGCAGCAUAGUAUGUGUCUCGUGCAGCAUGAUAUGCGUCUCGCGUAGUAUGGUAUGUGUCUCAUGCAUGGUAUGUGUCACAUGCAACAUGGUAUGUGUCUCAUGCAGCAUAGUAUGUGUCACAUGUAGCAUGGUAUGUGUCUCAUGCAGCAUUGUGUCUCAGGCAGCAUGGUAUAUGUCUCGUGCAGCAUGGUAUGGCAUGGUAUGUGCCUCGUGCAGCAUGGUAUGUGUGUCAUGAAGCAUAGUAUGUGUCUUGUGCAGCAUGGUAUGUGUCUCAUGCAGCAUGGUAUGUGUCUCAUGCAGCAUGGUAUGUGUCUCAUGCAGCAUGGUAUGUCACAUGCAGCAUGGUAUGUGUCUCAUGCAGCAUGGUAUGGGUCACAUGCAGCAUGGUAUGUGUCUCGUGCAGCAUGGUAUGUCACAUGCAGCAUGGUAUGUGUCACAUGCAGCAUGGUAUGUGUCUCAUGCAGCAUGGUAUGUGUCUUGUGCAGCAUGGUAUAUCUCUCGUGCAGCAUGGUAUAUCUCGUGCAGCAUGGUGUCUCGUGCAGCAUGGUAUGCGUCACAUGCAGCAUGGUGUCUCAUGCAGCAUGGUAUGUGCCUCAUGGAGCAUGGUAUGUGUCUCAUGAAGCAUGGUAUGUGUCUCAUGCAGUAUGGUAUGGGUCUCGUGCAGCAUGGUAUGUGUCUCAUGCAGUACGGUAUGUGUCUCAUGCAGCAUGGUAUGUGUGUCGUGGAGCAUGGUAUGUGCUUCGUGCAGCAUGGUAUGUGUCUCAUGCAGCAUGGUAUAUGUCUUGUGUAGCAUGGUAUGUGUCUCAUGCAACAUGGUAUGUGUCUCAUGCAGUAUGGUGUGUGUCUCAUACAGCAUGUUAUGUGUCUUGUGUGGCAUGGUAUGUGUCUCAUGCAACUUGGUAUGUGUGUCAUGCAGCAUGGUAUGUGUCUUGUGUGGCAUGAUAUGUGUCUCGUGCAACAUAGUAUGUGUUAUGCAGCAUUGUAUGUGUCUCAUGCAGCAUUUUAUGUCUCAUGCAGCAUGGUAUGUGUCUCAUGCAGCACGGUAUGUGAUUCAUGCAGCAUGGUAUGUGUCUCAUGCAGCAUGGUAUGUGUCUCAUGCAGCAUAAUAUGUGUCUCAUACAGCAUGGUAUGUGCCACAUGCAGCAUGGUAUGUGUCUCAUGCAGCAUGGUAUGUGUCUCAUGCAGCAUUGUAUGUGUCACAUGCAGCAUGGUAUCUGCCUCAUUCAGCAUGGUAUGUGUCUCAUGCAGCAUAGUAUGUGUCUCAUGCAGCAUGGUAUGUGUCACAAGCAGUAUGGUAUGUGUCUCAUGCAGCAUUGUAUGUGUCUCAUGCAAUAUGGUACGUGUCUCAUGCAGCAUGGUAUGUGUCUCAUGCAGCAUGGUAUGCGUCUCAUGCAGCAUGGUAUGUGUCUCAUGCAGCAUGGUAUGUCUCAUUCAGCAUGGUAUGUGUCUCAUGCAGCAUGGUAUGUGUCUCAUGCAGCAUGGUAUGUCUCAUGCAGCAUGGUAUGUGUCUCAUGCAGCAUGGUAUGUGUCUCAUGCAGCAUGGUAUGUGUCUCAUGCAGCAUGGUAUAUGUCUCAUGCAGCAUGGUAUGUGUCUCAUGCAGCAUGGUAUGUGUCUCAUGCAGCAUGGUAUGUGUCUCAUGCAGCAUAGUAUGUGUCUCAUGCAGCAUGGUAUGCGUCUCAUGCAGCAUGGUAUGUAUCUCAUGCAGCAUAGUAUGUGUCACAUGCAGCAUGGUGUCUCAUGCAGCAUGGUAUGCGUCUCAUGCAGCAUGGUAUGUGUCUCAUGCAGCAUAGUGUGUGUCACAUGCAGCAUGGUGUCUCAUGCAGCAUGGUAUGUGUCUCGUGCAGCAUGGUAUGUGUCUCGUGUAGUAUGGUAUGUGUCUCGUGCAGCAUGACAUGUGUCACAUGCAACAUGGUAUGUGUCUCGUGCAGCAUAGUAUGUGCCACAUGCAGCAUGGUAUGUGUCGUGCAGCAUGGUAUGUGUCUCAUGCAGCAUGGUAUGUGUCACAUGCAACAUGGUGUGUCUCAUGCGGCAUGCUCUGUGUCUCAUGCAGCAUGGUAUGUGUCUCAUGCAGCAUGGUAUGUGUCUCGUGCAGCAUAGUAUGUGUCUCGUGCAGCAUGGUAUGUGUCACAUGCAACAUGGUAUGUGUCUCAUGCAGCAUAAUAUGUGUCACAUGCAGCAUGGUAUGUCUCAUGCGGCAUGGUAUGUGUCUCGUGCAGCAUGGUAUGUGUCACAUGCAGCAUGGUAUGUGUCUCGUGCAGCAUUAUAUGUGUCUCAUGCAGCAGGGUAUGUGCCACAUGCAGCAUGGUAUGUGUCACAUGCAGCAUGGUAUGUGUCACAUGCAGCAUGGUAUGUGUCUCAUGUGGCAUGGUAUGUGUCUCGUGCGGCAUGGUAUGUGCCACAUGCAGCAUGGUAUGUGUCGCAUGCAGCAUGGUAUGUGUCACAUGCAGCAUGGUAUGUGUCUCAUGUGUCAUGGUAUGUGUCUCAUGCAGCAUGGUAUGUGUCACAAGCAGCAUGAUAUGUGUCACAUGCAACAUGGUAUGUCUCAUGCGGCAUGGUAUGUGUUUCAUGCAGCAUGGUAUGUGUCUCAUGCAGCAUGGUAUGUGUCUCGUGCAGCAUAGUAUGUGUCUCGUGCAGCAUGAUAUGCGUCUCGUGUAGUAUGGUAUGUGUCUCAUGCAUGGUAUGUGUCACAUGCAACAUGGUAUGUGUCUCAUGCAGCAUAGUAUGUGUCACAUGUAGCAUGGUAUGUGUCUCAUGCAGCAUUGUGUCUCAGGCAGCAUGGUAUAUGUCUCGUGCAGCAUGGUAUGUGCCUCGUGCAGCAUGGUAUGUGUGUCAUGAAGCAUAGUAUGUGUCUUGUGCAGCAUGGUAUGUGUCUCAUGCAGCAUGGUAUGUGUCUCAUGCAGCAUGGUAUGUGUCUCAUGCAGCAUGGUAUGGGUCACAUGCAGCAUGGUAUGUGUCUCGUGCAGCAUGGUAUGUCACAUGCAGCAUGGUAUGUGUCACAUGCAGCAUGGUAUGUGUCUCAUGCAGCAUGGUAUGUGUCUUGUGCAGCAUGGUAUGUCUCUCGUGCAGCAUGGUAUGUGUCUCGUGCAGCAUGGUGUCUCGUGCUGCAUGGUAUGUGUCACAUGCAGCAUGGUGUCUCAUGCAGCAUGGUAUGUGCCUCAUGGAGCAUGGUAUGUGUCUCAUGAAGCAUGGUAUGUGUCUCAUGCAGUAUGGUAUGGGUCUCGUGCAGCAUGGUAUGUGUCUCAUGCAGUACGGUAUGUGUCUCAUGCAGCAUGGUAUGUGUCUCGUGGAGCAUGGUAUGUGCUUCGUGCAGCAUGGUAUGUGUCUCAUGCAGCAUGGUAUAUGUCUUGUGUGGCAUGGUAUGUGUCUCAUGCAACAUGGUAUGUGUCUCAUGCAGUAUGGUGUGUGUCUCAUACAGCAUGUUAUGUGUCUUGUGUGGCAUGGUAUGUGUCUCAUGCAACUUGGUAUGUGUGUCAUGCAGCAUGGUAUGUGUCUUGUGUGGCAUGAUAUGUGUCUCGUGCAACAUAGUAUGUGUCAUGCAGCAUUGUAUGUGUCUCAUGCAGCAUUUUAUGUCUCAUGCAGCAUGGUAUGUGUCUCAUGCAGCACGGUAUGUGAUUCAUGCAGCAUGGUAUGUGUCUCAUGCAGCACGGUAUGUGUCUCAUGCAGCAUGGUAUGUGUCUCAUACAGCAUGGUAUGUGCCACAUGCAGCAUGGUAUGUGUCUCAUGCAGCAUGGUAUGUGUCUCAUGCAGCAUUGUAUGUGUCACAUGCAGUAUGGUAUGUGUCUCAUGCAGCAUUGUAUGUGUCUCAUGCAGUAUGGUAUGUAUCUCAUGCAGCAUGGUAUGUGUCUCAUGCAGCAUGGUAUGCGUCUCAUGCAGCAUGGUAUGUGUCUCAUGCAGCAUGGUAUGUCUCAUUCAGCAUGGUAUGUGUCUCAUGCAGCAUGGUAUGUGUCUCAUGCAGCAUGGUAUGUCUCAUGCAGCAUGGUAUGUGUCUCAUGCAGCAUGGUAUGUGUCUCAUGCAGCAUGGUAUGUGUCUCAUGCAGCAUGGUAUGUGUCAUGCAGCAUGGUAUGUGUCUCAUGCAGCAUGGUGUGUGUCUCAUGCAGCAUGGUAUGUGUCUUAUGCAGCAUAGUAUGUGUCUCAUGCAGCAUGGUAUGCGUCUCAUGCAGCAUGGUAUGUAUCUCAUGCAGCAUAGUAUGUGUCACAUGCAGCAUGGUGUCUCAUGCAGCAUGGUAUGCGUUUCAUGCAGCAUGGUAUGUGUCUCAUGCAGCAUAGUGUGUGUCACAUGCAGCAUGGUGUCUCAUGCAGCAUGGUAUGCGUCUCAUGCAGCAUGAUAUGUGUCUCAUACAGCAUAGUAUGUGUCACAUGCAGCAUGGUGUCUCAUGCAGCAUGGUAUGUGUCUCAUACAGCAUAGGAUGUGUCUCAUGCAGCAUGGCGUCUCAUGCAGCAUGGUGUCUCAUGCAGCAUGGUAUGCGUCUCAUGCAGCAUGGUAUGCGUCUCAUGCAGCAUGGUAUGUGUCUCAUGCGGCAUAGUAUGUGCCACAUGCAGCAUGGUGUCUCAUGCAGCAUGGUAUGUGUCUCAUACAGCAUAGUAUGUGUCUCAUGCAGCACGGUGUCUCAUGCAGCAUGGUAUGUGUCUCAUGCAGCAUGGUAUAUGUCUUAUGCAGCAUGGUGUCUCAUGCAGCAUGGUAUGCGUCUCAUGCAGCAUUGUGUCUCAUGCAGCGUGGUAUGUGUCAGAUGCAGCAUGGUGUCUCAUGCAGCAUGGUAUGUGUCUCAUGCAGCAUGGUAUGUGUCUCAUGCAGCAUGGUGUCUCAUACAGCAUGGUAUGUGUCUCAUGCAGCAUUGGGUCUCAUGCAGCAUAGUAUGUGUCACAUGCAGCAUGGUAUGUGUCUCAUGCAGCAUGGUAUGUGUCUCAUGCAGCAUGGUAUGUGUCUCAUGCAGCAUGGUGUCUCAUGCAGCAUGGUGUCUCAUGCAGCAUGGUAUGUGUCUCAUGCAGCAUAGUAUGUGUCACAUGCAGCAUGGUAUGUGUCUCAUGCAGCAUGGUAUGUGUCUCAAUCAGCAUGGUAUGUGUUUCAUGCAGCAUGGUGUCUCAUGCAGCAUGGUAUGUGUCUCAUGCCGCAUGGUGUGUGUCUCAUACAGCAUGGUAUGUGUCUCAUGCAGCAUGGUAUGUGUCUCAUGCAGCAUGGUGUCUCAUGCAGCAUGGUAUGUGUCUCAUGCAGCAUGGUAUGUGUCUCAUGCAGCAUGGUAUGUGUCACAUGCAGCAUGGUAUGUGUCACAUGCAGCAUGGUAUGUGUCUCAUGCAGCAUGGUAUGUGUCACUUGCAGCAUGGUAUGUGUCACAUGCAGCAUGGUAUGUGUCUCAUGCAGCAUGGUAUGCAGUCCAGUUAACAACCACUACUUGGAGAGAAUAAGACACUUUUAAUAUUUUAUAACAUUAAGGAAAUAUUAAAAUAGUAUAAAAUGCAGAAUACUGUGGAACCUUGGUUGUCGAUCUUAUUCAUUCCAGAUGUCGGUUCGACAACCAGAAAGGUCGACAACCAAACCAAUAUUUCCCAUAAAGAAUAAUGUAAAUAGAAUUAAUCUGUUCCAGACCAAAAAUGACAAUAUAAUUUAUUAAUAAUAACGUACUAAUUACUAAAUAAAACAAUAUGUAAAAUUAACCAGCACUAGGAAACUGUAUAAAUGAAUACUAAAUGAAAAUUUAACUGAAUAAAAGUAGCUUGAAACUGAGGUCAAAGUAGCAGAAAUAUUCGAUUUUUUGCCAUUGUUCAAGAGUCAACAAAUCACAUCACGUGUCCAAUACACGUCAACUGGUGGGUCUGAUAUGUAUUCACGAAUGCGCUGAUGUUAUUUAUACAAUUAUAACAGUUAUGAGAAGUCUGAAUAACAGUAAAUCUUUUAUUUUUUGUGUGAGUAAAAAAUCAAAAUGAAAAGCAAGCGUAAUGUAAGAGGGGCCUGGAGAUACACAUAACAUGUUAUUUUAGUGCCAGGAAUGUCUGCAUUGUUUAUGCUCUGCCCUGUUUUGAAAUUGGCAUUUCUUGAAUUUUGUGUGAAAUUGGCCAAAUUAGAAAUUUCAUCUCACUUUAUUGGGCAGUUGAAAUAGGUAAAUGGGCAGUUUCUUGUAUUCAACCGAUAAAAUAAAAGUAAUUCUAGUGAAAAAACUCUGAGUUUUGUCGACGGGAACAAUGAAAUUGGCCCCAAAUAGAUCUCAAAGUGGGCGAAAUCACCGAUGCAUAAAUGUCGCUGAGACAGCUAACUUUGCGAUAGUGUAAUUCCAUAAUUUUUCCAUAAAAUUUCGUCCUUUUCGUUUCGUUGCCUUCACAAGAUGCACAGCAAGAGCUCAAGAGAUGUUUACAGCAUGCGUGUUAGUCGCUAUACUGACAGAGACCCACCCUGUGGACUCUGGUGAUAACGUGAUCUGAGCAUUGUUGGUCGACAACCGAGACCACUUACUAAAACCAGGACCGAAAAUCCUUGCUCGGUAACCGAUUUGUUAGACAACCAGUUUGUUCGACAAUUGAGGUUCCAUUGUAUAACCCAAUUUGCAUUUACCUGAAAUAACUCAAAAACCAAAAUCUUCCUGAUGUUAUCAAGCAAUUAUUAUUAAAUAUUAGCCGGUAUUCUCCCGGCCCGGGCCUUUUCCAAGUGGUGGCCCGGCCUUGGCUCCCUCUGUAGGGAGUGUCUGAGACCUAAGUCUCCCAUGGGAGGAGGCACAAGUACCUCCUCAUCUUUGGGACCAACUGUCCCCAGGCCUAGCCACAAGCUAGGCCUCUCUGGUCUGCCAUCCCCGCCCCAAGGGAGCAAAUGGGAAUGACAGUCCUAUGAGCUAAAGGCUCGGGCUCAGGCACCUACCCUACCCUAGAAGGGUUAGGCAUGGUGUCGAUCUAUCAAGCAAGUAAAUUAUCACUUCUUGUGUGUAAUUUAAUUUCAAGAAAUGAAUAUAAAGGUGAAUCAAUAUUUGCGGCACACAAAGCAAUAAAUAACAUAAGUGAUGGCAAUUAUAUGUUUAUCUACAGUUUAUGUCUGAUAUUAGUGGUAUUAUGUGCCAAAUAAUUUGGUAUUAUAUUUAGCUAUUAACAAAGGAAUUUUAUAUACUUUUUAACAUAUAGAUUUUAAUUAUGUGUACUGUUUAAUUUUUAAUUUAAAGAAUAAAACAAUAUUAUUUA